CGCUGCCUGGGGAUUCCGUUCAGGCCCCCUGCCCGGCGGCUCCCGAGGCGCAAGGCAGGCGCGCGCGGCGCGCGGGUGGGGACCGGGCGCCACGACGCGCCCUGGGCUGGGGCCGUGGCGGCGGGGGUUUGGGGGGGGCGUGCGCUUGUGCGGCCCCGGCCGGGAGGCAGAAGAGGCUGCCACCGCUGCCCGGAGGAGACGACCUCCCUGCAGCCCCUGCCGCGACCUCCCCACCGCCCUCCGAGCCCUCGGGCCGGUGGCGCUGGUGCUGCAGGUUCCGAGCUCGGGCGCGGGGAGCCGCAGCCGCAGGGAGGGAGCGUUCGUGGCGGGAGCGCGUGGGGCGGACGUCGGAGGCUCCCCUGCGAAGGGAAGGCUGGUGGCCUGGGCUGGGAUCUCUGCGAUCCGGAGGCCGCCGCGCAGUGCCGGCGGAGGGCGCGCUCGGCGCUUGGGGCUCGGGGCUUAGCGGGCAGAGCCCCCACCCUCGUCCUUCUUCCUCGCAGCCCGCUGCGGGGAUGCUGUCCUUACUGCUCUGCGGUGCGUCCAUCGCUCUUCCACUUUUUGUCGGAGCAGAUUCAUGCAAGGAUACUGGUGUGCAAAAUGAGACACCUGCCAUAGGCCAGCCUUUUGCUUUUAAUUGCACAUACCCUCCUAUAACAUCAGGAAAAGUAUGUGUAACAUGGUAUAAAUACCCUAGCAGAACGCCUAUAUCCAAAAACAUAGAGUCUAGAAUUCACCAGGAAGAACAAUGGAUUUUAUUUCUUCCCUUGAAAAUGGGGGACUCUGGGAUCUACCAGUGUUUUAUAAAAGGACGCAAUUCCAAGCUCAUGCGCUGUACUUGGUUGUCACGAAUUUUAAAUCUCUUUUCACUUGUAACAGUUCCUCAGUCUGUUUUUCACGAUGUUGACAUUUUUGAGGAACACAAGCAAUUAUGUGAUGUACUGUCCCUUAAUUUGGGUUUGCCAGGACAUUUCUUCAUGACUAGAUUCAGGAUGAGGCUUCUUGGCUGGAAUACUAUUGAUACAAACUCCUGUCACAGAAUAAAUGUAAACCUAACUGUGUUUGAAAAAUACUUCUGUGGUACUCUCAGAGACAGUCAGCCGAGUUUAUCAGAUGAGUACAAACAAAUAUUACAUGCUGGAAGAGACGACAGUCUCACAUGUCAUCUGAACUUCCCGAAGAGCUGUUUUUCAGAUUCAAUAAGGUGGUAUAAGGACUGUAAAGAGAUUAAAGGAGAGCGGUUUACUUCUUGGAAAACAAAGCUUUUAGUGAACAAUGUCUCCACAGAGGACAAAGGCAGCUAUGCCUGUCAAGCCACACUGACACACAGCACGGGGAAGCAGUACACUGUUGUCAACAGCAUUGCCGUGAACAUCUCAGAAAAAUUACAAUAUAUAGGAAGAAUCCCUGAAAUCGUUUAUCCAAAAAACAACUCAAUUGAAGUACAACUUGGCGCCACUCUUAUUGUGGACUGCAAUAUUACAGACACAUGGGAGAACACGAACCUGCGGUGCUGGACAGUCAAUAACACCCUGGUGGAUAUCUACUACAGAGAAUCCAAAAGGAUCAGAGAAGGAAUUGAAACCCACAUUUCUUUUCCCAGACAUAAUUUUUACACGAUGAACAUAACCUUCUCAGAAGUGAAAAUGGAAGAUUAUGGCCGUCCUUUCACAUGCCAUGCUGGAGUGUCUGCUGCUCACUUUAUAUUAAAGCUGCCAGCUCCAAAUUUGCAAGCUUAUGUGAUAGGAGGACUUCUCACCUUGGCAGGUGUGGCUCUGUGUGCCACGUGCAUCUACAACAUUUUUAAGAUCGACAUUGUACUUUGGUAUCGAAGUGCCUUCCAUUCCGCUGAGACCCUCAAAGAUGGGAAGCUAUAUGAUGCGUAUGUCUUAUACCCCAAGCCUCGCAGAGAAGUCCAGAGCAAUGAUGUGGAGACACUGGUGUUAAAGAUUCUGCCCGAGGUGCUGGAGAGACAAUGUGGAUAUAAGUUAUUUAUAUUUGGCAGAGAUGAAUUUCCUGGACAAGCUGUGGCCAACGUCAUUGAUGAAAACAUUAGGCUGUGUAGGAGACUGAUCAUCAUCAUAAGUCCCACAUCCCCGAGUUUCGACCUGUUAAAGAACAUGUCAGAAGAACAAAUCGCAGUGUACAAUGCUCUCAUCCAGGACGGGAUGAAGGUCAUUCUGAUUGAAUUGGAGAAAGUCAAGGACUAUACAGCCAUGCCGGAGUCAAUUCAGUACAUCAGACAGAAGCAUGGGUCUGUCCAGUGGAGUGGGGACUUCACGGAGAGGUCACAGUGCGCAAAGACCAAGUUCUGGAAGAAAGUGAGAUACCACAUGCCUCCCAGAAGGCGCCCAUCGCUUGCUGUCCAGCUGCUGAAGCACAUGCCCUGUGAUCUCCUGCCUGGCGAGUGGCCUUUGUCAGCCAGGAUUCUGAGCAACAUGUGAGAGAAGAGUCACCACACUGAGAUGGUGGAAUUCUAGUCCACAUAAAACAAAGUAAUCUGUCAGUUAGCUACAUCAGUUUAGGAGGUAACAGUCACAAAGAUGUUUGAUACUAAAAAUUGGCUGUAGACUAUCUUGACUUUCAAAGAUCCUGAAUUAAGGAGCUUAGGUACACAGUAGAACUCUCUCAUUCUGUGGUCACCAUGCCCAGCCUUAAACAGUGGCCUGCUCGCAUCCCCCAAAGUUCACAUGUUGGAGCCCUAAUGCCCAAUGUGAAGGUGUUAGGGGGGGCCAUGAGGAAGGAGUCCUCACAAAUGGGAUGAGUGUUCUUACAAAAGAGACCCCAGAGAGCUGCCUGCCCCCCCCUGCCACGUGAGGACAUGGGGAGAGUUCUGCAUCCUGGAAGAGGGCCCUCAUUCCACCAUGCUGGCACUCCGACCUCAGAUGUCCAGCUUCCAGGAGUGGGAGAAAUAAAUUUCUAUUGUUCACAACCCCU